AUGGAGAUCAUGUCAACCAAGAACUCACUCAAUCCAAUCCUUAUGCUUUUAGCUUCAUUAGGUUACUGUUAUAUCUUCGUCACAAAGAUACUUCUACCUGUCUUCUACUUCUUCUCAAUCCUUCCUUGGUUUUCUUCAUCCAGCUUUCUCAGAGGAAUUAUUUCUUUCUUCAUAACAUGGAUUGCUUCCUUCAAACUCCUCCUCUUUUGCUUCAACCAGGGCCCUCUUUUUGCCUGUAAAACCUAUCUAGAUUUUGUUUUAAUCACCGUUUUGCCUCUCAAAAUCAAAGAAAACAAACCAACUUCCUGUUCAAAUAGCUUGGAAAAGUAUGAGUUCGUGCAGCUUUUUAACAAUCCAUUUUUGGCUACAUCGUUACAAGACUUUUGGGGAAGAAGGUGGAACCGUUUAUCUUCAAAUAUUUUGAGGCAAACAAUAUAUGAACCGAUCCAAAAUUUUGUAAAGGGUAUCGCCAAAGCCGGCCCGGCCAAAGUGGUGGCUUUGUUCUUUACCCUGGUUGUUUCUGGGAUCAUGCAUGAGGCUAUGUUUUACUACAUCACGUGUGGGAAGAAACCCACGUGGGAAGUCACUUGGUUCUUUGUGUUGCAUGGAAUAUGCAUGAUUUUCGAGUCUGCAUUGAAGAAUCUGGGUCGUGUCAUGGGAAGUCACUUGGUUCUUUGUGCUGCCUCGGUUGGAUUUAUAGUUGGAUUUGUGUUGGUAAGUUCUUAUUGGCUGCUUGUGCUUCCGGUUUGGAGGAGCGCACAGAAUGAAUGUGGCUUCAAAAUCAGUUCCAAAUAA